UUUGGCACAAGGAAAGUCCGUCACAAAGAUUUCCCGAGCUGAGCUGGAGACAUGGCUGCAGCGAUAGCGACAAACAAGGCGAAUGCUGCUCGUUUGCACUCACUACCCAAAGCGCGACAGGCAGUUACGUGCAACUGGCAGCAGACCUCCACCCUCCUCCGACUUUUGCAAAAAAGUUUAUGUAACUCUGCAACUAAUCUUCCCUAAUCUUGAGCAAGGCAUCUAAAUCCAGGGAAUAAGCCUAUUCUCUUCCUUCCCCCCCCCCCCCAAGUCUAUCAGUACAGUAAAAAAGAAAACAAAUAGAAGCAAAGUUCACAGCAUUGUAAUAUUCAAUGAGAGCAAAGUGUCCCGAGUCUGCUCGGAAGUAAACGCUCCUGCCCUGCCAUUUCCCAUGCACAGCAACCGAGGACCUUAAGAGAAAAGCUGCUUUUGGACUGAUUAUCACUUGCUCACAGCUGAAGCAUGGAAAUCUCCACUCUCACUGUGUACCAUUGCCUUGCUUUUGUCUGGUAUUUUUUUGUCUGCUAUUCAAUCACAAUUGUAAGAACAGAAGACCAGCCAUCUGAAGUGUUCCUUUACGGUGGGCAGUGGAAAUAUUUGACAGUUCUCAAUCUGGUUUUGCAGGCUGUCUUCUAUGGGGUGUCCUUCCUGGCUGAUGUGUUGAGACUAAUUAAGAAACUGCGAUGUGUUAAGUGCGUAAUUUCCAGCAGAGACCUUCUUUUCAGUGUCCUGGCUUUCCCAGUGUCCACAUUUGUGUCUGUAUCCUUUUGGGCACUGUAUAGCUACAAUCGAGAGCUCGUUUAUCCCAGAAGCCUUGAUGGAAUCAUCCCCCUGUGGUUAAAUCAUGCUAUGCACACAGCUGUAUUGCCAUUUGCUUUCCUGGAAAUCUUUGCCACACCGCAUCGUUAUCCAGCGAAGAAGAAGGGACUGAUCCUAUUAGGAUUUGCCUCUUUUGUCUAUAUCAGUUGGGUCCUGUGGAUUUACUCUGUAACGGGAGAGUGGGUAUAUCCUCUCUUUGCAUUGUUCAGCCCAGUAGGACUAGCAGCCUUUUUUGCUGGUAGCCUUGCCAUCAUUGUCUGUUUCUACAGCUUUGGAGAGUUCCUCAAUCGUAUGAUAUGGGGAGAUUCAAUAGUAAUACCGGACUACAAGCGGAAAGGCAAGUGAAGGCUCCUCUUCAAGCCAAACAAUCUCUCCAUGAACACUGAAGCCGUGAAGUAGAGGAAAAUAAAUGCAGCUGUGGUAAAUCCUUUCUUCAAUGCAUUGCAGCUUCUGGUGAAGCCGUUGUGUCAUCAGGCAUAUGGAAAACUAGUGGAAAAUAUGAAAUGUUUGCCUCUUACAUGAUAACUCUGCAACUGCUAUGAAUAAGAAAACUGUGUUCAUCUGUUCGUUUACACGGAUUUCUCAUCUCUUGCACAAUCUACGUGAGGGUGUGUCCAUGGUUAAAACUUGUCACUGGUAAAAGAACUCCCUCAUGCGCUUGGCACCACUCUGUAAAAGACCCGUGAAUGCAAGCCAGCUCUUGUUUGGACUGCCCUUCAUCAAGUCUGGAAAAAAUUAAGAAGAGGGAUAAUUUUAACACUGCUGUGACUUCCAACCUAGAUAGAUAACAAAUUGGGCUAACAAGGACUGUAAUUAGGAAUGUCUGCUCAGAAAGUUCACCAUGAAGCCAAAUUCUUCUAACAAGAAACAUUCUGGAAUAUUAAUAUCCGCAAUAUCUACCCUCUAUUUUUAACAAGAAAACUGAACGC